AUGGUAGCACAAACUGCCAUGUUCCAAAGGAGAGUUGCAAACAUCUUAUGGAACUAUCAGCCCACAAAUGAUGCAGUGAAAGUAGACGUAUGGGAUGUUGUGGACAAGGGUCGUCAACGGGAGGUUAAACACGGAGCUACAGCUUCGGCAUACGUUUCGUUGUUGACUAAAAAAUCCCAGACUACCACGGCUAUGGCUUCCCUGGACUCGACAUUUAUCGACGUCUACAAAGGCGUGAACUGUGUUAUUCUGAUGUUUGACAUGACGAGCAAGUGGACCUUCGAGUACGUGCGUCGAGAACUGCCGAAGGUGCCGCAUUCGGUACCAGUUCUGGUGGUUGGGAACUUUCGCGACGCUGUUGCCGCUGAUGAAACGAACCGAGAGAUCACGGAGACUGAGGUUCGUACUUUCAUUAGGCGGGUGCUGAAUAUGCGACAGUCCUUUGCCUCGGACAGUGACGCACCAGAGUCUUGCAAGCAGUACACGUGUGCACCAAUACGCUAUUGCGAGACUUCCAUGAAGAAUGGAUUUGGGCUGAUGUAUAUCCACCGUUUCCUCAACAUUCCCUUCCUCCACCUGCAAUGUGCCUACCUUCUUCAAACACUAGCUCUCAACCGUCAGGCCUUCUCCACCAUCAGUCAGCAACUCGACAUGGCAGAGGAGAAUCGGGAGGCGAUUUGUUCUUACGAAAAGUUUACGCGCUGGUUGGAAGGCGUCAGAGGUCCAACUUCAUCAUCAAGUUCUGUAGUCAUAGGUGAAAUGGGAAAGGCGACUCUACAACCCGGCUCAAAUAAGGCAGCCACUGGCCGAGUUGAUGCUAGCCCCAAGGGCAAGCCUUCCCCAGUCAAGCCAAAAAGGAAGUCGAUCAACGGGCCUCCCUUGCCCACAAGCGGCGCUGAAGACUCGGCAUUUGGAGAGUUCAUUCAAAAAGCUGACAGUCCUUCCACAUCUUCAUCUUCUCCUACCAACGGUUUAAACGUGAAUAUGCAGCCGGUUGACUCAUACCUCAAUGCUGUGCCCGUGGUCGCAGAAUUUCAGGAGGACAUUGAUCCCGACGAUGCGGUGGUGGGCAGUGCGGCAGGAGGUUUUAACGGUGUGGGUGGAAGCCUUCGUCCGCUUGCCGAUUCCGUGGAUGAUGACCUAGUGGACGAAGAUGACGACGAUUUGAUGAAUGAAGAUGAUGAUGACGAUGAGGAGCACUUGGGACCCGCUUUGGGUCUGGCCUCAUUCAGUAAUGAGGCUGUGGAAGAUGGACGAUCCUCGAGCUGUAAAAUGAAUUAUGUUUUAUGUCCCUCUCUUGAUGCUAUGAACGGGACGAAGGCACGUAAUGGGCUGCAAGUAGAUCAAGUGCCGACUUUCCAGCCCCCGUCUCCCAGUUCUUCCUCCCCUUCCACUUCACCACCCAGCUCGACCCAUCCCCCCAAUAUCGUUCCACCGAUGUCUCGAACCGCCUUGCAUGAUCCCUCCGUCGAUUUGGUCACCUCGGAGGAAAGAAAUGCUUUUGAACGCUUCCUUGAUGACAUGUGA